GCGUUUCACAACCGGCUUCCAACUGCUCAGUGAAUGCUUCCAGCCGAAUUCGCUUGGCGGCACGUGGCAAGCCCGAAACCUUCAUCGCGCUUGCCCUCGCUCUCACCUUACCUGUAUCGUAGUAAACAUCCUGUUUCACAUCCACCUCAGCGCAUCCACAGCCGCCCUCGCGCAAACCUCUCCAGAAAAUGCUACCACGAUAGCCCAUCAACCCCCAGCGCCCCUGCGCACACACACACACACACAAUCGGUCAUUCUCCCUAAAGCGGAACACGAUGUCCCAAUCCCACGAUCUCCACCGCGCCCUCCUGCGCCCCUCCAUCAUCCACAUCCUCCGCGCGGCGGGCUUCCACAGCACCCGCCCUUCCGUCCUCGACACCCUAACCAACAUCGCGGAGCGCUACCUCCUCCUCCUCGCGACCACCACGGCCCGCCACGCUGCCAACUCCCAUAAUGACGCUGGAAUGGAGGAGGAGGAUUUGGCGGAUGUGAGGGUGUUUGAGGAGUGGUUUGACGGGGCGCAGCAUGCGGAGAUGAGGCGGGUGGCGGGGAUGGUGCCGGAUGCUGGUGCUGCUGGUACUGCGCCCGCGGUGGGCGUGGGGGGUGGUGUGGUUGUGGCGGAGGACUUUUUGGUGGUGGUUGAAGGGGGGCCCGUCCAGAGGGUUAGGGACUGGAGGCCUAGGUUGGAGGAGAGGAGUGUUAAUUCGCUUGGGCCGGAAAGGGAGGGGAAGAUGAAUGUUGAGGAAGGCGUUACGGAGGAUGCAACAAGGUCUGAGGUACAUGACGAAGGUGCUUUGCUGGUGGCAGAGCAAGUGGAGGCGACGUGAGCGGAUGCCGGAUGGCGUCCUUCACUAACCCAGCAAUGUGACGACCACAACUUUAAACAUCGCCCAGCAUCAAGCGUAAAACGAUGGGUGUGCUUGAGGAAAGACAAGUCUGCCUUACAUCGUCAUGCCGACGCUACUGGCACCAUGUCCACCAUCCUCCGGGUAUCGCAGCCGCACGCCUGCUAC